AUGUGCCGCUGCCUGUUACUGUCCAAAUCGCUGCUGUUUCCCGUCGCGGCUGGUGGUCGCACCUGCAAUGCUUUCAGAGACCACCGUCGGUUUUUCGCAAAUAGGAACGUCUUGAAAUUAUACGAACGGCAAAUGCUACAAAACAUGUUUCCCGAGAACUCUAGCAAUGAAAUAAUAAAUUUACUGACCAAGAAAAACCAAUGCGUUUAUGCUGGAUUUGACCCAACAGCAGACAGCUUACAUAUUGGAAAUUUACUCGUUAUCAUGAAUUUAUUGCAUUGGCAACGUGCCAACCAUAAAGUUAUUGCAUUGAUUGGAGGUGCUACAGCUCAAAUAGGUGAUCCAAGCGGAAAAUCUAAGGAUAGAGAUAAACAAUCUUCACAUAUAUUGUCAUACAAUGUGAAAGGUAUUACUAGUAGUUUACAAGCUGUAUUUGACAAUCAUGCUCAGUACUUUUGGAAAUCAAAAGAUCUUCUACCUGAACCAAUUAUAGUGAAUAAUAUGGAAUGGUAUGAAGGAAUUGGUGUUAUUGACUUCAUGAAUAACAUUGGUCGACAAUUCAGGAUGGGUACUAUGUUAUCCAGGGAGAGUGUUAAAACUCGUUUAUCUGGUAGUGGCAUGAGUUUUACAGAAUUCACUUAUCAGGCUUUCCAAGCAUAUGAUUGGCUGCAUUUAUUUAAAAAAUACAAAUGUUUAUUCCAAAUAGGAGGAAAUGAUCAAAUGGGAAACAUCAUGUCUGGUCAAGAACUAAUUAGUCGACUAGAAAAUACUAGAGUUUAUGGUCUAACAGUUCCUUUAAUAACUACAGACUCUGGCGAUAAGUAUGGGAAAUCAGCCCAAAAUGCUGUAUGGUUAAACUCUGAUAGAACUUCACCAUUUGAAUUAUAUCAGUUUUUGAUACGUACUGCAGAUGCUGAUGUAGAGAAAUUGUUGAAAAUGUUUACAUUUCUUUCAUUACCUGAAAUAAAAGAGCUAAUGAGUAAACACAAAGCUAAUCCUGAUAAACGAAUUCCACAUAAAACAUUGGCUCGUAAUGUUACAACAUUGGUUCAUGGAGAAACUGGUCUUCAAGAAGCAAUAGUAGCCACAUCAGCAUUGUAUGAUAAUAGUAUUGAAACUCUUAGUACGUUAAAAAUUAAUGAUAUUUUCAAAAUAUUUAAUGGGGCAACUACAGUUGAACUUAUGCUUGAACCUGGUAUUACUGUACUACAAAUGGCAAUGAAAGCAAAAUGUUUUUUGACUGAAAAAGAUGCAUGUAGAAUAAUUACAGCUGGUGGAUUUUAUAUUAACCAUCAGAGAAUAACCAAUAUAAGUGAAAUUGUAACAUUGUCUAUACACAUUUUGCCCAACAAAAUUUCUUUAGUAAGAGUUGGAAAACGGAAUUAUUGGAUUGUCAAGUGGAUAAUGUAAGAUAUAUAUAGUACUUGGCUAUAUUAAAAAAUAAUAUAUAAUCAAUGAUUUAGGUAAUAAAAAUACAUUUUUGAAAAACAUAAAAAGUUUAUUUCAAAGUCCUUUCUCAUAAUAUUAAGUCUUGUGGCAUAAAUAAAUAUAUUAAUAAAUAAUAAAAAAUAAUCAAGUUGUGAAAAAUUUCUGCUACUUGGAAGAUAAAUUAAACCGCAUUCAGACAUAAACUGUAUUCAUUGAAAUGGAACACAGUUAUAACAGUCUUAUUCCAAGCAAUAUUUAAUAACAAUAUCUCACAAUAAUUAAAAUUUUAAACAUUUUACUUGGAAAUAAAUAUAAUUAUAAAAC